AUGCGUGUAAUUCUUCUAUUUAUUAUAGGCCUAGCCUCUGUAUCAGCCACACCGGUGUCCGGCAGGAUAGUGGGUGGGUCGACCGUCUCCAUCGAUCACUACCCCAUGGCAGCUGCCAUGCUAUUCUCUCGAGGUGGAGUCACUGAUUUUGUUCAGACCUGCGGUGGUUCAAUCAUUACAAGCAGAACUAUACUCUCUGCGUCUCAUUGUUACCGCGGUUUCCCUGCGGUGAGGUGGCGCGCUCGCGUAGGCUCUACGUAUGCUCACAGCGGCGGUAUCGUCCACAACACAGCCCGGAUCUAUCAUCAUCCUGACUUCCAAUCCCUCAUUAUUGAUAAUAACGUAGCGGUUCUCCACAUGGCAGUACAUUUCACUUUCACCAACACCGUACAGCAAGGAGCUCUCGCUGGCGCCAACUACAAUCUAGCUGAUAAUCAAGUUGUUUGGGCUAUCGGCUGGGGACACACUAGUUUUGGUGGCCAGCCAUCUGAAGAACUUCAACACGUUCAAGUGUGGACGAUCAACCAAGAGACUUGCAGGCAGCGCUAUGCAUUGGUGUCACGUCCUAUCACUGACAGCAGUCUGUGCUCCGGCUGGCUUAACGUCGGAGGUCGCGACCAGUGCCAGGGUGACUCCGGCAGCCCUCUGUUGCACAAUGACGUCAUCGUCGGCGUCAGUUCGUUUGGAGUAGACUGCGGUUCGCCCGUGUUCCCGGGCGUCAACGCUCGCGUCAGCCGAUUAAUUGAUUGGAUUGUGGAGCGUGCUUAAUCUUAC